CUGAUGCCGACAGUUGUCGCGAAGAAGUGGACCACAGAAACGUAAAGGAGUUUUACCCACCGUUUCCCCUCACCAGUUAUGAAUGACAGCGAUGACGACGCUCCUGUGCUGUCUGCGGCAACGCUGGCCGCUCUGCAGGAGUUUUACGAGGAGACCAGGAACUGUCAGCAGCACAACGCCACCUCCUCUGACAGGUUCGCUGUCGGAGCUGUGGAGGAGGACUGGCGGAUGAGCCAAUUCUGGUACAGUGAUGACACAGCAACACGGUUAGCUGAGGAGGUCAUACGUGAAGCUGGGGAGGGAGGCAGGAUAGCAUGCUUGAGCGCGCCCAGUGUGUACCAGAAGUUGAAGCAGGGGGCGGUGGAGGGUUCUGACCACGUGUCCACCGUGGUGCUUGAGUAUGACCGCCGCUUCGCCAGGUACGGCCAGGAGUUCAUCUACUACGACUAUAAGGAACCCCUCGUUCUGCCAGAUGGUGUAGCGCCUCAGAGCUUCGACAUCGUCCUCGCCGACCCCCCGUACCUGUCAGAAGAGUGUUUAGGCAAAGUGGCUGAAACUAUCAAGUACCUGACUAAGGGCAAGGUGCUUCUCUGCACAGGAGCCAUCAUGGAGAAGCACGCCAAAGAUCUCUUGGAUCUGAAAAUGUGCAACUUCCUCCCACAGCACAACAAGAGCCUGGGCAACGACUUCCGAUGCUUUGUUAACUAUCCCUCGCUCCUCCUGUCCUGCUGA